AUGUCUUCGAUUCGAUUGGUAGAACGGAGCUUUGAAGAUGAUGGAAUGCUGCAGUGUUUCAGAGAAGAACAUUCGACUCAUAAAGGGAGUCAUCGUGAAAUUACUAUAACGAAAGACAAAGUCUAUUUGGCUGCAAUUUGCUCAAAUUUGCUAUAUUGCUGCGCGAUGUGGCCAAUGAAAGUGGAGGAUAUUAAGAAGAUGUCUGGUACCCUUGAUCAGUCAUGUCUUACGGGUCUCCGCCGAGCGGAUAAAAUCGCAUAUCCACAUAUGAUUGUAUGA